AUGUCGCCAAAUCGUCCAGCUGUACAUCGUCCGUUAGACGGCCGCUCCCAUCAACCGUUACUGCAGGAUGAGCGACGGCGGUUAUCGACCACGAGCUUCGGCAAUGGUGACGCGGAAGGCAGGCCGAUGCUGCACCAUACCCGGCGGCCGACCAUCAGGACCCCGGAGUAUGCUGCGGAGAUAGCGACUCGACGGAAGUAUAUGCUUGCAUCAGGGUUUCUGCUUCUGAGCUUGGCCAGCUUUGUGGUUCAGACCGAGACGGCGGUGUACAUCCAGCAUGAGCUCCAUUGGGAUAAGCCAUAUUGUAUGCUCUAUCUCACCCACGGUUCUUGGGCUCUUCUAUGGCCCGUCCAGCUUCUUAUCCUGCGGUUACAGAAAAGAAAGCUGUCCUGGGAUGCUUUUUGGCGACGUCAUGUUUAUUUACUGCGAACUACGGCACAGAUGGUCGAGUCGAGAGAUUUACAUCUUACGUCGCGCGACUAUCACCGGUCACCGAUUCCCUACAUGCUCAGAACGACGGCCUUCGUUACGGUUGCUCUGACGGUUGCUGGUGGAUCGUGGUAUGUGGCCGUCAAUCUGACGACGGCUAGCGACCUCACCGCGAUCUACAACUGCUCGGCCUUCUUCGCCUACGCCUUCUCUAUCCCGCUGCUGAAGGAUAAAUUGCGAUUUGACAAAGUGUUUUCGGUGGUCGUUGCCAUCGUCGGAGUACUGGUGGUUGCGUACGGAGAUCGGCACGAGUCAACCACCGCUCCAGAUGGCACACCUGGCCAACACAAGCGCGAUGCAUCACGCAGACUCGUGGGGAAUAUCAUCAUCGGCGUCGGAAGCGUGCUCUACGGUCUGUACGAGGUGCUAUACAAGCGAUUCGCCUGUCCCCCGGAGGGCACCAGCGCCGGCCGGAGCAUGAUCUUCGCCAACACCUUCGGCAGUCUCAUCGGGACUUUCACCCUACUGGUCCUCUGGAUCCCCCUGCCCAUCCUUCAUGUCCUGGGCUGGGAGGAAUUCCGAUGGCCCACCGGCGAGGCCGCGUGGAUGCUCCUCAUCUCCGUUCUCGCCAAUGCCACAUUCUCCGGCUCCUUCCUCGUCCUCAUCUCCUUGACCUCCCCGGUUCUUUCUUCCGUUGCCGCCCUCCUCACCAUCUUCCUCGUCGCCAUCGUCGACUGGCUGCGCACGGGUCAACCUCUCCCCGCCUCGUCCGUCAUGGGCGGCAUCCUCAUCAUCCUCGCCUUUUUCCUCCUCAGCUGGAGCACGUACCGCGAAAUGAACGAGGAGCGGAAGAAGUCCAUCGAAGCAGAGGAGAUGGAAUCCGAUCCUGAUGAAUGA